AUGGCUACCGUCGCUGCUGUGGCCAAGGAGGGCCUCUUUAUCCCUCUUGUGGACUUUUCCAAAUUCCUGAGCGGCACCCCGGAGGAGCGCCGAGCCACCGCCAAGACCAUCCUCCACGGGUUUCAAACCGCCGGAUUCAUCUACCUGGAAAACCACCCCAUACCCGCCGACGCCGUCAAGCAUGCCUUUGCCCAUUCCGCCCGCUUCUUUGCCCUCGACGCCGCGGCAAAGCUGAAGCUGAGCUGGACCACCCCAGAGGCGAACCGCGGCUACUCGGCGCCCGGACGUGAAAAAGUCAGCCAGUCCCUCGACACGGCCGAAGUGGACAAGAUCAGAAGCGCAGCUCCGGACUUGAAGGAGUCUCUCGAGAUUGGCAGGGACACCAACCCCAAGUAUCCCAACCCCUGGCCCGCCGAGGAAGGAAACCUGAAGGGGUUCAGGGCCGGCUUGCUGGACUUCUUUGCCAGGUGCCAGGAACUGCAUCUGCAGCUGAUGCGGGCCAUUGCCCUGGGCAUGAACCUCGACGAGGCAUUCUUUGCCAAGUUUGUGGACGCGGCUGACAACACGUUGCGGCUGCUGCAUUACCCGGGAGUUGGCGCCCACGUCUUCAAAGCAAAUCCGGGCCAGGUCAGAGCUGGGGAGCAUAGCGAUUACGGAUCAGUGACGCUUCUUUUCCAGGACGAUCGCGGUGGUCUUCAGGUCAAGUCGCCGACGGGCCAAUUCGUGGAUGCCACACCCAUCAAAGGCACCAUUGUCGUCAAUGCCGGCGAUUUGCUGGCUCGCUGGAGCAACGACACCAUCAAGAGCACAAUACAUCGCGUGGUUGAACCACCUGGCCAGGGCCAGGACCACCCUCCUCGGUAUAGCAUCGCAUAUUUUUGCCACCCAAAUGCCGACAGCUUCAUCGAAACGCUGCCGGGAACGUACGCAUCGACCAAGGACAAGAAGUAUGACGGCGUGAACAGCAAGGAGUAUCUGGUGCGGAGGCUAACGGCCACCUACUGA